AUGAAAUCUGGUGGAGGGGUGCUCAUCGCGGGACAGGCCUGGUCGUGGGCAGAGGGACGUCCCAAAGAUUACCCACUGCUGCAUUUCCCCGGGAAUAAAGUGGCUGGAGUGGCAGGAGUCUACUUCUCUAAACAUAGAGGAGACGCUGAGUGCAUCCCAGUCCACCCCACAAUCCCUGCGUCCUGGAUGUCUGUCGUAAUUGGAAAGGAUUUUGAGGAUGACCUGGAAUUCUUACUUCACGGCGUCUCUGAGUUUGACCUGAUGAAUGGAGUGGUGGCUUCUGAGAUCCUGAUCCACGGAGCGCUGGCCUUCCCCAUCGGGACCACGCCAGACGGACGCGCCUUCUUGGCCGGAGCCUACUACGGACAGGGCAGAGUGGUGGUGAUCUCACACGAAGGACUGAUGAAAAGAGAGACUCUUGCUCCCUUCUUCACCAAUGCCCUGCACUGGUUGGACGAGGGCAGACAGGGUGUGGUUGGAGUGGUUCCUGACCUGCACCAGGCCUUCAAUGUGUUCAAGACGUUCGACCUAAAGUGUGAAAAGACCAAGUUUCGAGAGGAUCUGAGUGUGUACGUGUGCACGGCCUAUAAGGAAGACCAGGUGGAGGAGAUCCAGGAGUUUGUGGCUGAGGGAGGAGGCUUGUUGAUCGGAGGACACGCCUGGCACUGGGCACAAUGCCACAAAGACAAAAAAAGCAUGACGGACUUUGCAGGAAACAAGAUCUUGAACAAAAUGGGCAUGACUCUGUUAGAGACGUACAUUACGGACGGGGCCUACAAGCCUCCGGUUCCGAGCCAGGCCAUCAGUGACACUUACCAUUUUAGACAUGUCCUGCACAAGUUUGCUGGCCACGUGACCCAAGGAGAAGAGCUCGCCGCACAUGAAGAAGAGUGGCUGAAAAAACUGAGUGGGGACUGCACCAAGUAUCUGAACCUGGACGCCGGCAACAACAACUUCAACCAGAUCAUGAGCACUUUCACAGAGAUCAUCAAGAAGGCGGGCUUGCCAAAGGUAUGUGAGAGCUGCCCCGUGAAAACUGCAAGAGACAAGUUCCUGUUGAAUAUCGGGACAGAACUGUACAAGAAACAUCAAAACCCGGAAGAACUUCUGCCGUUCCUCAUCAAAGACAAUCCCCUGCUGCCCGUCAUUUACAACCACAAAAUCAGCGUAGACACAGAUACAAGAGCUGCUUCUGAACAGAGGAGUGGAGAGGAGUGGGUGAGCACCGGUCUGUAUUUGGCUCCUGGGAUGAAGACCUACUUGUCCGUACCAGCAAAUGUUAUCGACAAGGGCUUGAAGGUGCAGGUUGGAUGCCAAAUUGAUUCACUCAAGAAUGCUAAAGAGUUGAAGAGAGCUCCGUGUGUCUGUGAGAGGUUCCCGGUCACUUCAGAGAUGCUGCUGGUGCACAACCUGUGGGGAGGCCUCAUUUACUUCAUCGUUCCUCCAAAAACUAAAGUGGCGUUCACAGCCGUUGCUCAAAUGGCCGUUCCUGCUCCGUAUUACAAAUCAGGGGAAACCUCUCUGUCUGAUUGGUCACUUCUGGCGAAGGCCCCAUCUCCCUGGGCAGAGCUGGAGUUUGAGAACAUCAUUCUGACGGUGCCCUCAGAGGUGAUCCGGAAUCUGGAGCGUCCUGAUGAGCUGGCCGAGCUCUGGGACAAGAUGUUGAGGGCCGUUGCAGAUUUGGCUGCAAUCCCACCCAAGUUUAAACGAAAAGAGAGAUUUGUCUGUGAAGUGCAGAUCUCGCAUGGCUGGAUGCAUGCAGGUUACCCCAUCAUGGCACACAAAGCCUCCGCUCAACAGAUGCUGAAGGAAAAAUUUGGCUGGGAUGCUCAUAAGAAGGUUUUCGCCGCUUACCACAACAUGAGUGGCUUUCCCAAAAACAGAGAUGGGAAGAUGAACCUUUACGCUGUGACCUUCUCCGAGAUUGUGGGGAUGGACUUGAGCGGGUUUUUCAAAGCCUGGGGGUGGCCUAUAGAGGGCGACACUGAGAAGAAACUUUCCUACCUGCCUGCCUGGACCGACCACCCUAUGGCCCAAUACAACUGA